AUGAGUGUGCGAGUGAGCCCGGGGCACAGGGAACUAGGCCUCCGGCCUCGACGGCAGAAUGCCGCCUCAGUCUUUGUGCUUCCUGAGCUGGCUGGCGUGCUCUCCUCCCCCGGACGCCGCCAUACGCUGGCCGCUCGGCCUUCGUCGGAGGCCCGCGGCGCCCGAAUCCCUCACUCCCAACCCUGGCCGACCACGAGUAGCCGGGCGCCCUCCCCAAGCCCCGUGCUACUCACCCUUCGGCGGCAGGAACCGGGCUGGCGCGCGACGCCGGCGCGGUGGGACCGGGCCGAGCCCUCACGGAGGGGCGAGCCGGAAGCCCUGAAUUCGCCGCCGCCGCCGCCGCGGGCCGGGAACGGGUCAGAGCUGCAGGCGGAGGUGGCGCCGCCGCCGCGGGGUCUUCCUUUGUUCCCGCAGCAGCACCGAGCGUGGCCGGGACACGCCGGAGCUCGGGAAGUGGGAGGAGGGAAGCGAGGGGGGGCGGAGAAGGAGGCGGAGGGAGGGCCGAAGGCCGCGGCGGCUAACACUGCUCGCGGCGCCGGCCCGUCGUUGCCUCACGCCUCCACCGGCGGCGGGUUUGGCCAACUCCGAGGGCGAGCGGGGCGCACGCAGCUAGGCCUGGGCGCCGCAAUGGCCCGCGGAUGGCGCUCUCUGUCGCUUUGCUACUGCCGGGGAAGGUGUGCGGCUCCAGGGAACGACGAACCCCAAAAGGAGAUGCACGUAGGCCCGCGCUCCAGUCAACUGACGCGUCCUCUCCACCCGGCGCUCAGGCAGUGAGGGAAAGGGAAGGGGGUGCGGGGUCUGUGCGUCAGCGAAAACCCCGACGGCGGCCGCGGCGGGGAGCGCGUUGACGUCACGUGCUCGACGCCGCGCCUCCGCCUCCAGUUACCCGGCCGGGGAGGCGGGGCCGAGCCUGAGCGCGCUACCUAUGCGCGGAGCCGAAUCACUGACUCGGCUGCCGGCCCCAGGGUGGAGUUGGAAAGAAGUAGUCCUGUGGAGGAUGCGUUUCUAUUUUUAACCCGAUUGCCCGCCCUCAGCCUCUCUCCUUCCGAUUUUCUCAGUAAAGCCGGCUUUUCGCCAUCUGAGUUCUCACGCUUUGUCUAAAGCCUUUGGCAGACAUUUCCCUUUCCUCCUUACUCCCCACCCCUUCCCCACCCAACAAGAACGUGUUAGAAGGAUUCUGCUCAAGAUUCUGCUCAAGAAGAGAAAAUGAACUGCUGUUUAGCUUCUGGGUCUUCUCGCCUGUUUAUGAAGUUUCCCCCGUCCGGUUCCCUCACACUCGCCUUCGGUUCUAAAGUCCAGCCUGAGCAUUGCCCCUGAUGCUCCCAGGAAGGAGCGGGGCGGGCGGCGCUCGCUUGCUCGCUCGCUCGCUCGCCCAAGGUCACGGAUGGUUGUGCAGAGUCCGGAAGUGCUCCGCCGACCUGCUGCCCGUCUUCGGCCCCGGCGACACCGUUCUGAGCAAACUGUUUUGGCCAGCCUGUAAAAUCCCUGGAAAUGGACUGUUCCAGCAGAGCCUCGUGAACUGGGAAAGCACCAAAUGUUCUACCCGAGAUGAAGUUAAGGAACAAACAAGCUAGACCCGAGGGAGAGAUCAAAAAGGAGACGUUGCAGGAGGAAGUUCAGAAGGGGGCAAUUCAAAAAUGAGGCACAGGCCCCAACUAGUUUGAAAGGCCUCACAACAGUGGUGAGACAGACACAUGUCUGUUUAUGGAAGAGAAAUCUGUGACUCAGAAAAGUUCAGUAACUCGAUCAAAGUUACUGAGACAACAGAAGCAGAGCCAGGCCUCAAACCCAGGUCUUCUGAUGCCAAACCCAGCAUUCUUUCUUGUACACCACAGCUGCCAUCUGGAACUUGACACCAGAGAGCUUGCUCUCUCUACCAUGUGAGAACACAGUGAGAAGGUGGCCAUCUGCAAGUCAAGAAAAGAGCUUUCAUCCAUCCAUGCUGGCACCCUGAUUUUGGAAUUUCUAUUCUCCAGAACUGUGGGAAAAUAAACGUGUGUUGUUUAAGCCACCCGGCCUAUCGUAUUUUGUUGUGGCAACCCGAGCUAGCUAGAUGGGAUGUGAGAAGGACUUGGCCCAACGUUGCUGGCUUUGAAGACAAAGGAAGGGGACUAUGAGCCAAGGAAAUCAGGUGGCCUCUAGAAAAUGGAAAAGGCAAGGAAACAAAUUCUCUCCAUAUCCUUCAGAAAGGAACUUAGCCCUGAUGACACCUUGACUUUAGCCCUGUGAGGCCCAUUUCAGACUUCUAAUCUAGAGAUUUGUAAACUACUACAUUUGUGUUGUUUUAAGCCAUGAAGUCUGUAGUUAUUCAGGAGAUUGGGCACAUUCAGAGUGUU